AAUAUUAGUUAUAUAUCUGCUAUUAUUAUGUUUGGGAAUAAAGAAGGACCACAAAUUGAAGGAAAGAAUUAGUAUUGUUUGAAAUUGCAAUAUUUAAAAAUCUAUUGUUGAUAAUACCUAUAAUUCGCGCGGAAACUUCAUACCGAACAUAACCUGAAAAGAUAUUGAUAUACAUAUGUGAUUCAAGUAUACGUAAUGUGUAAGCAUGUAUACGCAAUAGAUCUGAUAUACUUACAAGAUGGGGUUAAUUAAGUAAUUACGGAGAAAUGCGAAUAUUAAUUACUAUACCAAUUGAAUGGAUAGAAACAGCAAGAUAUCGAGUAAAUAGAUGAAAAUGUAUUUUACUGAAUUUUGAAGAAAUUUAUAGUAUGGAGGACUUAAAAUGUAAAUUUUUCGAUCUUAUUAACAAGCAGAAUACAACCAAAAUUCCAUUAAUGGGUUUACAUCCAGAUCUACUUAAUCCAUCAGAAUCUCAGAAAUCAGAUGAUAUACAAUCAGAAGCUGACCAAUCAACAGAAAGUGAACCUAUCCCUGAUCAAGACAUAUUAGAAUCUAUAGAAGAGAUUUAUUUUAAUACAGACCAUAAUUUUGAUCCUUGUAGACACGAAUUGGAGAAGUUACCAAAGGUGUUGCAAUCUAAAGAAAUUGAAAAAUGUUACAAGAAACUGAAACAGCAACAUCAAGUUGUUUCUAAGAAAGUUCUACAACUUAUAUUACAAAAGCAGAAUGCUUGUAACAAAGAGUUUGAAAAAAUUUUACUGAUACAAGAACAAUUACAGGAUGUGUUAGAAAUUUGCAGAAUGGGAAGAGCAGAUUUAAAAUUAGCUGAAAGGCAAUUUACUACAGCUAGUUUAGGAAUAUUAGCAAAUUAUCAAAAAAGGCAGAUCAUAGAAGAAUUAUUGAAUAAUUUAAAUACUAUCAAGACAUUGCAACGUACAGGAGAUAGAUUACAGGAGUUAUUAAAUGAAAAAAAUUAUCCCAGAGCAAUCUCGUUACUUUUAGAAUGUCAAAGUGCUGCACAGACAUAUAAACAUUUCCAUUGUAUUGCUGCUUUAAAUGGAAAAUUACAGGAUAUUUUAGAACAAGCAGAGGAAGCCUUGGAUGUUACACUAUCAAAGAUGUGCACGCAAUUCGAUGUAACAAUAUAUACGUCUAUUCAAGAAGCUUAUACUCUAUUAGGAAAAACUCAAUCUGCGAUGGAUCAGUUGCAUAUGCAUUUUACUGCUGCAAUUCACAAUACUGCUUUUGCAGCUGUUCAUUCGUAUGCGGGCGGAGAUACAAAGAGACAAUAUAAACAACUUUGUCAAUCAGUGCCCCGGGAAAGUUGCAUUAUUUGUCUAACAGAAUUAUGUAAAUCAUUGUGGACAAUAUUAAGCUCUUAUUAUUUGGUAGUAAAUUGGCAUAACACACAAGAAAAUAAAGUUAAACUUAAAGCUGAUGUAAAAGAUUUAGAAGAGACUUUUAGCAAACAAUAUGUGAAGCAUAAAUUAGAAAACAGUAUGAUUCGUAUAUGGCACGACGUUGAAAUGAAGAUUUCGAUAUUUUUAAUGAACGCUGAUUUAACUUACAUUAAAUUUGAGCAAUUUGUUCAAGUUUUAGGUAUAGUUAACAGAUUAAUGGAAAUUGGGGAGGAGUUAUGUGGUUUUAAGUCAGAAAAUCUGCAAGAAUCUAUAAGGAAGCAAUCAUUGUCAUAUUUUUCUCAUUAUCAUGCAUCGAGACUAGAUGAACUCAGGAUAUUUUUAGAAAACGAUGGGUGGGAAUUGUGCCCCGUGAAAUCGAAUUUUGUGGCAACUCAGUUACAGGAAUUUAAGAGUUUAAAACCAUCGCUAAACAGUUGUAAAGUAUGGAACAAUUUUGAUAACUCUAAUAUUGGUGAAAAUGAUAAUCCUAUAAGUAUAGAGUGGAUUCAGAAAUAUUUAGAAGGGGGGUCAUCGCCAUUCUCUAUAGGUCUAGAUGAUACCAUGGACGAAGAUAUUUUGAUAAGUAAUGAAGAUAAUCCUCCAGAAUAUUUUUCGGAUGAAUCGGACGAUGAUAUCCCUGAUGAAUUAAAACACGAAUACGUUGAUGAUUCAGAUCAUGUUAAAACAAAUAAAAAAAAGUGUAAACUAAAACAAUCAGGGCCCAUGGUUACAAACACAACACUAAGUAUAUUGCGCAUUUGUGGAAAGUAUUUGCAAAUGUCUAGAUUAUUACGAUCAAUCGCAGUUACGGUUAUACAAAGUAUGAUACAGUUUUACGAGUUAUGUUUUUAUACUGUACAUUUAUUCUUUACUUCAGAUUUGCAAAUAAAUAGUGAUUCUUUAUAUAGUCCAAAAUUGAAACUAUCUCUAGCAAGAAUUAAGGAGAAUUUAAUCAUUUGUGAAAAUGAUACGGAAGAUAACAUUAAAUUAAAUUCCGAUAAAGUACGACAGCCACAGCUCUCUUCCAUUGUAAAUUUAUCGCAACCGGAAAAGCUUCACGGUUUGACUGAACGUGUCGUAGGAGUGGAAUCUCUAAUAUUUUUGGGUCGUCAAUACGAAAGUUUGAAGCCAUACUUGGAACAUCUUAUUGGUGCUAGCCCACAACGUGGUUUCCUUCACCAAUUUUAUAUGCAAACAAUAGCAUCGAGCACGGAUUUAAGGAAACCGGUAUAUAUGGCGGUUGCAUCUCGAGCAUUUGAUGUUUCAAAUAUUUUAAAUUUAAUGAAUAAAGUUAAUUGGGAGGUGACUGACGUUAUGUCUCAACAUAGUGGGUAUAUUGAUGCAUUACUUCAGGAAAUAUAUAUAUUAAAUGAAAGAUUGAAAAACAUCGGAAGUUGUCUUCCUUUAGCGGACGAUGUAUAUAACGCUGUCUGGGAAAAUGUGGCACAUCUAAUAACUCAUACAUUAGUAGAGGGAUUUUCUAAUGCUAAAAAAUGUUCGAACGGUGGCAGAGCACUAAUGCAACUCGAUUUUACGCAAUUGAAAUCGAAGUUUGAGACAUUGACUUCUUUAAGGCCAAUGCCUCACAGAGAAUAUGUUGAAUUAUAUAUUAAAGCUUACUAUCUUCCAGAAAAUAGUUUGGAAGAAUGGAUAAGGGAACACAAGGAAUAUUCUGUGAAACAUUUAAUUGGCAUAGUUUCUUCAGCUUGUCAAAAUAAUAAAAAAACUCGUCAGCGUCUAAUUGCAUUCAUAGAAGAACAACGGCCUAGUAGAUAGCAUAGGUCUAUAUAUUAUAAUACGUCUCAAGAUUAUAUCGAAAUAGGAAUUGCAUAAAGGACGAAUUUUUAGGAAUAAUUUGAAAAGAGGAAAAUGAAAAGGAUAUAUUUUCUUCGUGUACAUAUUCGGGAACUUUUACUAUAUCACUAAAGUAAGCAAGCUCAUUUAAAAACUCUUUAAUUUUUUCGACACUUUUGUUUACUCAGUGCACGGAUUAAA